AUGCACGUAAACCGGUCUCAAGGUUUAGCAUUAGAAGUAGCUCAGCUUACUGGUUUUUCCAGAGAUGACUUCCCAUUCAAAUACUUGGGAUGUCCUAUCUUCCAUACAAGAAAGAAGAAGAUGUAUUAUAAUGAUUUGAUCAAAAAAGUGAAGGACAAUUUACAAAACUGGAAAGGAAAAUUGAUGUCAUUUGGUGGUAAAGCGGUGCUCAUAAAGAGUGUUCUUCAAAGCAUGCCUAUGUAUUUACUUUCAGCAAUGGUUCCCAAAAAAUACACUAUCCAAGAGCUGCAUAGAAUAUUUGCUAGAUUCUAUUGGAGCAGCAUGGAGGAGAAGAGGAAUAGCUAUGGUGGAGAUUCAGGACUAGUUGCACACUAUGGUCCAUAUUCAUGUGGAACAAAUAUUGCAAGAAACAGAUUCCAAUUCUGGUUAAAUGGAAAGGAGGAUCACAAUUGUGGAAAAGAAUCUUUGGAAGCUAGAGAUGAAAUGGAACAACACAUUUGGUGGGAAACAAAAAAUGGUUCAUCUAGUCUAUGGUUUGACAACUGGACUAGACUAGGACCAUUGAUCACACUUUUACCAGUUGGUUAUCAGGUCAAUGAAGAUUUAGAAGAUGUGGAUGUUGUGUUAUCAUAA